AUCUACCAUCUAUCUGUUCAUCUGACUGAUAUUUAAGCCCUUCCAAACAGUAUCAUCAGCAGCAAGAAAAUGGUGAGAAUCUGAUUAGUGAUAAGAAAUGAUAAACAUACAUAUAUAACCACCAAAAUCUCUCACAUUGUUGUAGCAUAAUGGCUUAUUGUUGUAUAUCACCACAAGGGCUUCGUCUUCAUAAAAACCCCAUCUUUAUAAACUUAUCCUCUUACUUUUCUCCUACCCAUCUCUCUUUUCCUUGUAAUUCACCCCGUUUUUGCGCCCUCAAGGCAACAAGUAGUAAUCAAGAUUCCUAUGGCUCAAAUUUGUUGCGAAAGCCGGUGAGUAAGGAGGCUGGGAGAGAUUUUGACGAGGAAGAGAGUGAAGAAGAAGAAGAGUUGGUUGAUUGGGAAGACAAGAUUCUUGAAGAUACGGUUCCACUUGUGGGGUUUGUCAGGAUGAUUCUUCACUCUGGCAAGUAUGAAAGUGGUGAUCGAUUAAGCCCAGAGCAUGAAGAAACUAUCAUAGAGAGGUUGCUUGCAUACCAUCCAGAGUGUGAGAAGAAGAUUGGAAGUGGUGUUGAUUACAUAACGAUUGGGUAUCAUCCUAAUUUUGAAAGCUCUCGCUGUUUGUUCAUAGUCCGGAAGGAUGGUGAACUGGUAGACUUCUCAUACUGGAAAUGCUUGAAAGGGUUGAUAAGGAAAAAAUAUCCACUGUAUGCCGACACCUUUAUUCCUAGGCAUUUUCGGCAGGGUAGGCGUAGAGAUUGAACAGGUUUACAUUUUAAAGUCUGCUAUCUAUUCCAUGUCUUUCCUUACCAUAUUUAUUUGUGUGCCAUUAUCUUUUUUCAUGCAACCAUCUGAAUUAGAAGAUGAAAUUCGGGAAUUGUAUGCAUAGGAAAUUGGGAAGGAAGAUAACUAAAUUUGUGGUUUAUAUGAAUUGCCAGCUUAUCCGCUCCUGA